UUUCCUAGUACACUCUACACACUGCCUCUAUUACUCUCCAAAUGACCUACGCUACUCUUACAACAGCUCUAGAGAGCACCAUUUGCCACCAGAUGUUACACACUGGACCUUUAAACUGCAACAUAACAAAAUGUGAAAAAGUUCAAGGGGUCUGAAUACUUUCUGAAUAUGAUAUAAGUGAUUUCUAUUAUUGCACAUACACUAGUUUAGUGGUGGGUACCGUGGUGUAAUGUUUUUGAAUAGUCUUUUGUAAAAAAGUUAGGCCCUUUUUGAUUAGUUUGCUGUUAAAAAAUAGUCUGGGUGAUUUAUUGUUUUGCAGCUUAUUUUGUCCUGCUCCCUCCCACUCGUUUGGCACGCUUGAUGUAAAUAUUGUAAAUGGGAAUCUGUUUCUAAGUAAAGCAUGUUUCAUUAGCGCCUACUCCUUUGUCUCGUCAUUUCUAUUUCAGCAAGUUGCCUCAGUUUAUGGCGUCCUAAAAUAUUUAUGGUUAUUUGUUCAGAAUGUUUUUGUGUUUCACCACAGUUUAUCUCCCAGAACUUCCAGUUUGUAUCUACGUGGUGUUUUUGACAGACAUCUGAUCAGUCUAAUAGGAACAUUUAUUGUGUUGAUCUAAUCCCAGAUUUGGCGUAGUCCAUAAGCUUGCACAUUUUGAAGCAAAGAGCAUUUCACACUUUAUCUCUAAACAGGAUUACACAAUGUCAUGCUAUAAUCCAGCAGCAUGGCUCUCUUUAUUUCCUGAGCCAAUUCAAGAACUCCCAAGUCAUCCAUCUGGCGUAUUUAACGCAAAGCUUUUAACCUUCAUGAGGUACUGUACUGCAUUAAAUGAAAUGGACAGCUGUUCACUAUCCCAUGCAUCACAGUGCCAUCAUCAUUAUUGCAUUUCUGCUCCGAGCAUUUUUAAAGUUGUACAUCAGGACUGACACAAUAGUGACGCAAAUACUUUUCAAUUAACAACCAUCCCUUUUUUUUUUCCAGUUGUCUGUACUGUGAAUACACAGCACAGUCUUUAAUGAAUGUGAACAGCGAGGACUCCCAGGUGACCUGCUGCUGCAGUGGAGUGAUAAUGAAAAGGGCGGAUACUUGUCCAAGCUACAGGUUCACCCAUUAAUAUUAUUCACUCAGUGGAGAACCCCUUGCCAACAAGCGCAGCAGGCUUACAGUAUGUUGGGGCGGCGUAGAGAGAAUGAAGAUACACAACUACCUGCCUACACCUGCACGGGACUCUGGGAACAUCACCGUUACACCGACGGAGUACACUGACGUCGCCUUUGUGGUGGCAAACAGCUUGAUCCUGUUGAUCACCUCUGCUGUGGGGAUUGCAGCAAAUGUUUUUGUCAUUCUGGCAGUUUAUCACCAAAAAUCGCUGCAAACUGCGAACAACGCACUGGUGGUGAACCUCGCAGUCAUAGACACUCUGAGGUGCGUCAUCGACUGCCCCAUUCUCCUAAUCAUCGUCACGACGGUGUACCAAAGACAACGUAUGGACGAGUUGAUCUGUGACACACAGGUGGCCUCUUUCUCCUUCAGCUGCUGCAUCCAGAUGUUGACACUGGCCUGUAUAAGCGCGGAGAGGUACCAGGCCAUCGCAAAACCCUUCCAAACCACUCAAAGGCGAAGACGGAUCAUGGUGCUGAUUCCUAUCACAUGGGUCGUGGCUAUUCUGGUGGCUGUUAUUUGUCUGAUAUUUGUGAAGGACUCACCCGUGCAUGUAAGAUGUAGAGGAUUAUCAGGAGAGACAUCCUCCUCCUAUGACACCUUUGGACUUUACAUGUUGUUCCCACUUUGGGCAGCUUGCUUUACUGUUAUCAUUGGAUUCUACGCUCGCAUAUUCACCCUCGUGAGAUCACACAAUCGCAAAGUAUUCGACAAGGGCACUUUUCUUCAGUCAAAGAAAACAGAGGAUGAGCAGAAGAAAGAAAAAACAGCAGCCGUGGAAAAUGGGCAGGGAAAAUCAGAGCAGAACGAGACCCAGAGCAAAAGUGUUGCAUCAGAGAGAACUGACUUGAAAACAGAACAACCUCGCCCUCCUGCAUUGCAGGUUGCAGCGCAGACUGAGGAGAAAGCUUUUAAAACAGAGCAGUCCAACUCCUGUGGCACUAAAGCUGAAGCAAAACCAUCAAAUGGAGAUGCUGCUGCUGGUGUUAAGAGCUCAACCACAAAGCCGCAGACGGAGUCAGGCAAUUUCGAAACAGAAAAGCAGUCCAAAGAGAGAGUGAAGAUUGACAAAGCGCCCUCUGAAAUGAAAGAAACCAGCCACCAUGUUCCCCCGUCUGCACAGUUGGAAAAUUCUGAAUCCGCUUCUGUUUUACUGAUUGAAGUAAAACAAGCUAAGAGCAGCAAUGGAGGAGAAACAUUGACUGUUGCUACAGCAGAUCAAGUGUCCUCAUUACCUCCCGUUUCAAAUAACGUCCCUGAAACAGAAGCUACAAAUCAAAAUGUGGCGGCAGAAGGGGCUGUUUGCAUGAUGCCUUCCAAAGCAGGUAAAGAGAGAGCGAGCAAAAAGAGGGAAAGUAAAAUGGCGAAGCGUGCCGGCUACAUAAUUAUAACCUUUGUCUUAUUCUGGCUACCGUUGCUCACGACUAUCCUGAUGAACUUUGCAGUUCACGGAAACAAGAAUACACAGAUAACAAUCAUCCGGGACGUGGAGAUUCUGUCAGUCUCUGUCGCCUGCAUCACAUCUCUGAGUGACCCAAUAAUAUACGCUGCGGUGAACCCUCAGUUUCGGACAGAGUUUUAUCGGCUGAAAAGAAAGUUUGUGUCCAUAUGCAAUUGGAAAUGAUCAUAUUUCCACCUCUAACUACUUUUGAGUGGCACUAAACCAAACGUUCAAUGUCUUGUCUUGUCAUUGUUCAAAUAUGAACUAAAUUAAACAUCUAUUUGGUUAUAGGAGGUAUAUUAUUUGAUAUGCCGCUGAGUUAUCUUAGACUUUCUGCAGGCUGACUACAGAGCACUUACUGAACUGCAGAGCAGAGGCGCUGCACGCUGCGAGAAGCUGCCCGACCCGACGCGAUCGACUCAGCGGGGGGACGCUGCUGAGCUCUCUGUCAAACAAUCAGUGAGGCCUGCUCGUCUGUCUCCAGAGACGCUGCAGGCAGGACCCACCACUGGGCCGCUCAGGUCCUCACAUGUCCUCCAGCAGCACCUCAUUAUCAUCCCAUCCUCUUAUUAGUGAUGCUCUCUGAGUAACCAGGCAAAACAUUAUGAAAUCCACCUAAUUGUGUUCUAGUAAAAAAAAAACGACAUGGGUCAUUUAAUGGAUGUUCCAGUAGAGCUACAGUAUUUAUUCUAUCCACUGCACCAAAUGCACAAUGUGUGAUUAUUUGUCCCUUUUCCUUACCCCCUUAUAUAUGUACUCCAUGACAAGAUUUGCAUUUCAAUAAAAGCAAAGUGUUGCGGAAUUUACAUGGUAACAUACCGGCCUCGCUGUGUUUCCUUCCAUCAUUUUUACUGA